AUGGCUGACUCGGCUUACGAAUACCUUGUCAAAGAGUAUCUACUACUUAGGGCACAAUCAGACCAAUAUCGUGAAAUGUAUAUCUCCGCAAUGGAAGGGAUCAAGAAACAUCUACUCUUCCAUGGCAUGACGAAAGAUAAGGAAGAUAUACUGUUCGCUGGAAAUAUUCAAUUUGAUUCAGAGUCAGGUGAUGAAAUCUUUGAGUAUCAAACUGAGCACCUGAAGUGCUUCCUCGGGGGUAUGGUAGCGCUUGGCUCCCGAGCAUUUGGUCGCUCAGAUGACUUGCCUGUUGCACAGAAAUUAGUGAAUGGGUGUAUCUGGGCCUAUGACCUUAUGCCAACUGGAAUUAUGCCUGAGACCCUAUACAUCAGCGGCUGCCGGAAUUCUGACCGUUGUGAAUGGGAGGAAGAAAAAUGGUUCCGUGACAUUUUCGGAUGGCCAGAUGGAGCACAACUGCCUAUGAAUGUCCGUGAGGCUACAAAACUUAUUAUUCAACAUAAUAGGCUACAGCCACCAAUCCUGGAAGUCGCUAAUCCAGGAUACCGUCUGAGACCCGAAGCAAUUGAAUCGAUUUUUAUUAUGUACCGAAUCACUGGCGACAAGUCACUGCAGGAUGCUGCAUGGAAAAUAUUCCAGAACAUUGAGAAGUACACAAAAGUUGAAUACGGCUAUGCUGCGCUCAAUGAUACCCGCGACGUACGGACGGCGAAAUUAGAUAUUAUGGAAAGCUUCUGGCUUGCAGAGACAUUGAAAUACUUUUACCUCAUUUUCUCGGAGCCAGAACUGAUCAGCCUGGAUGAUUACGUCUUGUAA